GCGAAAACAAGGUUUUUCUUUUCAAGGUCAAAAACGACGGAAAUAAGCGCUUCGUUUAAUUAUGCAUAUGGAGCUACUUGUUGAAAUGCAUAGCAAUCUUAGUGCGUAUCAACGAUUUCCUAAAAUUUUCAAAACUUUUUAAUCUUCAUCAGGCUCACUUUAAUGAGCGAUGUGCUAAACAGUGUAUGAAGGUUGGAAAUAUCGACGGAGCGAUCUAUUACUAUAAAAAGUCUAUUGCCUUCAUGGAGCUAACCCGAGACGAAGUUGAAGAGGGCGAUCAUGAUUAUGUAAUUAUUGAUUUACAGUUAUCAUCACUGAAGCUGAGCUUAAGUGAGGCGGUAUCAAGGAAGACAGAAAUAAUAUCUGGUGACCAGAACGUUUCUUUGAAGACAAUUCCUGCUGACCAUUCAUUUUAUAACAGAAAAUCAGCUGACUCUCCGUCAUACUUACCUUUAUCCUCAAAUCAAACGUCCAAUAAAAAGGAACAAGGAGCCGCUGUUAAACUUCCUAAAACUGAAUUUCAAACACGUGAAGAAUUAGUUACCUGUAUCGAAGAACUUCGAAAACUUGUGGACAUGUUGGCAUCCCAGCUCAGUCGAGUUCGUCAAAUGCUUUCAGAAGAACGUGAACGUCGUCUUGCUAUAGAAGCGGAACUAAUAUCUUCAGGUGGUUUUAAUUAUCAAUCCAAUGAAUCCUUCACCUACCACAAUUACGAUGAUGACGAUGGUUUUGAUGAAAAUAGACCAUGUGUUUUUACAGACCUCACGAAACUUACAUGCUUAAACUUUAAUACAGCUGCGCCAGAUUUAUCUAAUGACGAUUCAACUUUACGUGAACCACAUCAAGCGUCAAACUCCAAUGUGUCAGACUCAUUAGAGCCGAAAUAAUUAUAUCGUAAUUAUUGUGCAUCAUGCUGCAAUCUUUUUUGCACAGAACAUCAUUUCCGCUACGACAGCUCCCCCGGUGUUCCACUCAAUAUGAAAAAAACCAGUCGUUUCACAGCUGAUUUCCUAUAAUUAUACUUACGGGCUAGCAAUUUAACAUGGAUCAUUUAUCGAAUGAUGGAUUUUGUUAUCAAUGAACACUAAUGUGUUUCAUUCAAACCACUAUGUAUGCAUUUUCUGCCUUGUUUGUUCUUUUCUACAUAUUUUUUGGGUAGUAUACAGUAUGACGACGACUACAAAUCUUUUUUAUUCUACUUCCUUUAAUAUUCAGAUGAACUGUAUGAUGUCUUUCAAGCAGAGAGUAAUAAUUCAUCCAUUCCUUUGUUUUCAGCUGUUUCCAUUAACGAAAAUCGAUCUGUCUUUCAAAAAGUGUAAUAGUAAUGACUUUCAUUAUUCUCAACCUAAAAUACUGAUAAAGCUUCACAUUAUUUUUUACAUAAAUUGAUUUCGCAAAAACAUCCUACGUUUCAUUCUGUUAAAGACUUCUAAUAACUGAUUUAUCCACCCUAAAAUUGCCAUACGGUGACAAUGUAAACAGAUACUAUAUACGAACUUUUUUCAUUAAUUAAGGCGGUAAAUCUUCCCUUUAUCCGUAUAGAAUAAUCUUAAUUUAUAUCGUGCGAUCGUAGUUAGAAGAAAUUGACCUAUGCUAACUGCUCCAGUUUGGUUGAACGAGUUAUCACAUCCAAAAAUCUGAAGACAGGGUGUUGUUUUGU